CUAAAAGAAAAACAGGCCCCCAAUUCAUCCGGCUAGUAACAGCAGUCUACAAGCCGACAGUGCACGCGAUCCGAGCUGUUGAGGCUUGUCAAUGAUGUGAAUGUUGAGGCGAAGCAGUGGAAAACUGAUUUUGAAACAGCUGAUAGUGGCAUUCAUCUGCGUUGUCAUUGUUCUAUGUCACAACAAAGGCCGCGCUAGUUCCUGCUGAUUUUGAGUUGUGGAGCGGUGUCGAAGCAAAUGGCUGGGGAGAUUUGCGAACAACCAAGUGCGAGUCAAAGCUCUCAAAAGGGCGAUUCCGACUCUGACCUUAUCAUGAACCCACUGGUGAAAUUAUCUAAGGUGGUUAAGAUGUUUUGCCUGAAAAAUACGUCUAUCUCAACCAGUUUUAAAUUCGUCGUAAACGGUCGUAUCGUCGGAGUUAUCCGACCAGGAGAAUGGCAGCUAUUAAAACAUCAUGCGCCGGACACCUUCGAGCAGAGAGGGUUAGAAAUUCACCUCUGCCGGUGGAAAACUGAACCAGAAAUCACUAGGGGCUUAUCUGAAGUGCUGAAAAAGCUACGAACUCAGGAUGUCUUUCCGUGUCUUCGUGGUUGGCGAGACGAACUUUACGAGGUGGCAUCUUCCUUUGGUGACCCGCCAAUAUUUAAAAUUGAACGGGCUGCUACAUUUAUCUUCGGUACAAAACGUUAUGGGGUUGAUGUCAACGCCUUCGUCGUGGAUGAUGAGGGUCGACCGAAAUUUAUUUGGUUUCAAAGAAGGUCUAAGGCAAAGGAGCUUUUCCCGAGUUUACUAGACAUUUACGUUAGUGGAGGUCUUGCCGCUGGCGAAAGCCCUUCGCAUUGUAUGCAAAAAGAAUGCCUAGAGGAAGCCUCUCUUCCAGAGGAAAUGUCUCGGCGUUACGUUAAACCCGUUAGCUGUGUAACGUACGUCUAUGAGGACAGCCUCGGAGUGCAUCCUGAGAUUUCGUUCUGCUACGACGCGAGCCUUCCGGCCGAUCACGAGCCGCAACCACUGGACGGUGAAGUGGACGAGUUUAUCCAGAUGCCCCUUGCCAGCAAUAACGAACUUGGCGCAUUAAUUGAAGUAAUUUGCGAUCCAACAAAGUUCAAGCCAACAUCAGUACCGAUCGUGAUAGAUUUUUUAAUUCGGUGGGGUUAUAUUGAUGGAUCGUAUGGGUCGAUAUUUUUAAAUCUGUUCGAAGCAAUUCACCAACCCCUGUUUAGCGAAUACCCCCCAAAAGCAACGAACAGCACGUAGAUUUAUGCGUCCAUCAAUUUACAAGAAGGAUGCUCCCACUCUUUUGUCCCCAAUAUAAUUUAAAUAGAAUAAGGUCGUGUUUAACGCCAGUAAUCAUUCUUAAUAAUAGUCCAUCGAAAAAAUGUUUAAGGCAGCUUUUACCUGAAAACAGUUAAGGAUUUUUUCAUCACAGCGUGGUGUUGUGGAGCAUGUAUGGUAUAUAUUCGGUGCAUAGGAGGCUACGAACAAAUAUCUGGGGAUAGACCAGUUGUCUUUCUACUUAUCCAUGUGCACAAUUAUGUGGAGGCCGAAAGUAAGCUGUGUAGUAAGAUAAAGAAGAUCUUACAGACCUUAUAAGGCAUGUGUUCUUAUUUGAAUUUUAUCAGUAGGAGAAAAUCAACAUUACAUUCAAGUUGUACUAGUUUACGGUCUAUUACUGUUGUACAUUUUAAUAGAUAAUACUUCAUUAUUGAACAAAUUUUAGGUUUAAAAAGAAGACAAAUUGUCGCUACAGCCGAGCCAGCCGAUUCGUUAUAGCAUAAAAGUCUAAAUUGAAGACUCCACACUUGUUAGUAAUAAUAGUAGAGUAUUAAUUAUGGUUAACAGAGUGAUAGACUUGCUGUAAUUGGUUGGUUUACACUAGGAGCAUAUCAUCUCUGCCCUGGCAGCGCGAGGCAAAGCUGCUUCAAUAAUGACAAUAAAAAAUUUAUGGUUGGCAUGUGCUAGCCUACAGCUCACAGAAGGCGACUAUUUUACGCGCCUCAAUUCGAAUAAAUGUUUUUCUCUUGUGGAGAAAAUGACUUUAUUACAGGCUACUUUAUUGAAGCUAAAAAAUGAAAACGUAACUCCCAUUUAGCGCCCAUAAGACCAUAUUGAGCUGAAGGCUGAGGCUGCUUAUGGAGGGAUCUAUGCAAUAUGAAACUGAAUAAUCUCAGUCCUCGAUGUUGAGCGUUAAAUGGGGUAGUUGCAAAACCCCUUUGCAUUGUUACAACCAGAAUUUUGCUCCGGAUAAUACUUAUUACAUAACGCAUAUAUAUGGUGCUGUACAGCUGAGUGUAAGUCUCGAAAGUGGUUUUCUAAGUUCAAAGAUAGCGUCAUCAUCUUGAGUGAUCAAUCAUAUACUGUCCGGUCAAGUGUUUGAUCGAACUAAAAGGGUCGUAUACAGCAGGAAAUUAUUGGAUCUCUAUACGGCACUGCUGCAUCAAGUAGACGAAGCUAUGCUGACAGAAAAGACGAAGUCAUCCUUCUUCGCGACGAUACCAGAUCAUACAUUGCGAGAGUUGCCAAAACUGUUCCACAAGAACUUACCUGAGUGUUUUUUUAGAUAUAUUAUGUUUUUUAGACCAAAAGAUGAUGGACUAGCACAUUUCCGUUCGUAUUCCUACUCCGAACCUCAUCUGAAAAGGGUGCUAAAUUGCUUCUUCAAAAAGACCUGAAACAUUGCGUUGGGGCGAAAUAAAUGAAUUGGAGCCAAGAUAACAAAAGCUUCUUAAAUGUGACAGUGAAUAGAUAAUAUAUUGACUCUUCAAUAGAAUUUAUAUAAAAUGUUUUUUUUUUUUUUUAUUAGAUUAUUAUUAUAAAAAUCUACGAGGUCAAGUAUUAAAGUACGUUAUAAAUAGAGAGUCGGUUCGUUGGUGCAGGGGUGUCAUUGCCCGCUUCGGACGCAAGCGAUGCCGGGUUUAGCGAAGUACAGUAAAUUAUAAAAAUAUGAAGCAUCAUAUUUCCCUCAUGAACAGACGUAUGAAAGAAGGUCUAAAGGCCCACUUUUUUCUGCCUAGCUUCGUUUUCCGCCUGGUAUUUGUCGUUGUUCUGGCCUGAAUCAGCAGCCCCUGGCUUACCUCAACUAGAGGCUGUAGCCAGAGCAGUAAUGGCAUUAGUCGUGUGUACAGGUGUAAUCGGUAUAAAUUUGCCAACGGAAAUCCGUUGGUUAAAAAACAGGAAACCAACAGGGCCAUUAACGUAGUCGUAGCGUGGUAGUUCAAUGGGUAGAGCAUAACUGUUGUCUCAGUGUCAGGGUCAUGGACUCAAGCCCCAUGUUGAGCGCAGCGAUUUCGACUAACACGGUACAAAACUUUGAACUCAAGGAGAUGUUGCAAUUAUAUGUGUAUCGACUACUUGCGCACUCAGGAUCCUAUAUGAGGUUGAACCUUGUUCUACGGAUAUUGCUUCUGAGUAUAACCUGAUCACAAACAUGCUUGUCCGCGUCCACCAAUCUAGCAUCUGAAGAAAACCUAUUACAUUGAUUAGGCAUUAGAAUGAUAUAUCUAGAAAGAACUUAUGCUUGUGGAAAGCUAUGUAGACGUUUUGAGAUUAACUCUUACAUCUGAAUGUAUGCGAAGUACUUUUGAUUCGCGCACACAGUUUAAUAGAUACUGGGAGUUAAGCGGCAUACUGUACAUGUCAAUGCAUAUGUAUUUAUUUAAAUUCACACGAAAAUAGA